AUGUCGAACAAAUCGUGGAUUGCAUCCACGAUAGAUUUUAUUUUCUGGAUUGCCUUAAGAGCAGCAGCAGAACACAUGCUAUCUGGAUUACGAACUGCACUAGAUUUCGCUGCAGUGGUGAAGAAUUUCUAUAAUGGUGAUAUCCUUAGAGGAGUAAUAAACUUACUCUUUGGAGUUUUAGGCCUUGUUACUCUUAGUGCAUUGACCGCUGUAGAGGAUGUAGCAGCACAAACUAUAAAAGAGGCUGUGGUUCGUGGUGCUAAAACAAUUACGCCGACAACUGAAAGGAGAGCGACCAAUGAGGUUGGAAACGAUCUAGUUGCAAGGAAUUUGGCAGUUGAAGAGAAAAUGGACAUCCCAGCUUAUACAUUACCCACCCUAUGCCUUGGUCGCUCAUUUGACCUGGAAACUUCGAGAGCAUGCGCAGAUGUCUUCCCAUCAAGCAAUGGCUUACCAAUUAAGUCCAUGAAUGUCAACAGGUUUUCCUUCAAAUACCAACUAGUUAAUAGCAGCAAAGACAUCAAUGACUUACUGGACGUAUCUAGUGAAUUCUCACUAAAAAUCAAAGCCAAUCUGUUGGAAGUGGAAGGAGCAGGGCAGUAUAUAAAUGAGAGCAAGUUAGAAGAAGGAACAACUACUCUUCUAGCUGUGAUGAAAUGCACCACGGUUGUUGAUACGAUUGACGGAUCAGUGAAACCAAGAGAGGAUCUCGCUAAGGGUGAAUUCUUCGAUACACUGGGCACUCACUACGUAAGGAGCAUCACGUAUGGCGUCGAGAUGGUAGCCAGCCUGAAAUUUAAGUCUUUAUCAAAAUCAACCAAGGAACAAAUCAAAGGAAAUGCUGAAGGAGAACUAAACGUUGGAGUUGUCAAUGCAGGACUUAAAGCUUCACUAGACAAACUAUCAGCAGAAUGCAACGAUGUAUCAGAUAUCGUCAUCAAAUAUUACGCCACAGACAUACCAGACAAACUGCCAACCACAAUGGAGGACCUAGUGUUACUGAUUCAGAAAUUCCCUUCUAGACUGAAGAACUUAAAUGAUGGGAAAGGGAUUCCAAUAAGUUUUGAGCUCCAGCCCACGAGGGCCAUUAUUUCAAGAACAGAAGAUUUUUCGCAACAGAGGGCAUUGACAGAUGAUAUCGAUAACUUGGAGAGCUGUUUUGAUGAUCUGCGAACCGCAAAAGGCCUCGCUGAGGCAUAUCUUCAGAAUGAAAAUGGAAUUCAUGAUGAUGUAAAAGAUUUUCUCAGUCAGAUCAAUCAGAUUGACAAAGAAUUCAUUGAAGCAAUUUCGACUAUGAACAAGCGAGAGGGGCCAGACAAAGUAAAGGCCUGUUUGAAAACCUAUGACGGUUCCCUUGACGGUCGUAAUGUACCUGGAAAAUUCGUUUAUCAGUGGAAACAAAUUCUGAGCAAGAAGCGCGCGAUGAGCCGUAUUAAACUUCCUAGGAAUUCACUGGUCGCUAGGUUUGGUAGAACUUCCAAGAAUAAUCCUCGUGUAAGACUGCAUGCAUACAAUGCAAGAUAG